UCUUCUUUCACUCUCUCGAACAUUAUAUAUAUAUAUAUUUUUUUUUUUUUUCCUUGGGGAUAGAGAGGCACACAAGGAGAAAAAAAAAAGUAAAGGAAUAUGAUUGCUUCGUGGUUGACUUUCGCCUUUCUUUGUGGAACUUUCUGUGCAGGACCAGGACAUGGGGAAGCGGAGACAAGGGAAUGCAUUUACUACAAUGCCAACUGGGAGCUGGAAAAAACGAACCAGAGCGGCGUGGAGCGCUGCGAAGGGGAGAAGGACAAGCGGCUUCACUGCUAUGCCUCUUGGAGGAACAAUUCGGGCUCCAUUGAGCUGGUGAAGAAAGGCUGCUGGUUAGACGACUUCAACUGUUAUGACAGGCAGGAAUGUGUAGCCACGGAAGAAAACCCGCAAGUGUUUUUCUGCUGCUGUGAGGGCAACUAUUGCAAUGAGAAAUUCACCCAUUUACCUGAAGUCACUGGUCCAGAAGUCAUAUAUGAGCCUCCACCACCAACACCCUCCCUGCUCAACAUCCUGGUUUACUCUCUGCUUCCCAUCGCUGUCCUCUCAAUGGCCAUUCUCUUGGCCUUCUGGAUGUAUCGUCACCGCAAGCCUCCUUACGGGCACGUGGACAUCAAUGAGGAUCCUGGGCCACCACCCCCUUCACCACUGGUUGGCCUUAAGCCUUUGCAGCUCUUGGAGAUCAAAGCGAGGGGACGUUUUGGCUGCGUCUGGAAAGCUCAGCUGAUGAAUGAUUACGUAGCAGUGAAAAUCUUUCCAAUUCAGGAUAAACAAUCUUGGCAGAGCGAGAGAGAGAUUUUCAAUACCCCUGGCAUGAAGCAUGAAAACCUUUUGCAGUUUAUUGCAGCAGAGAAAAGAGGAACGAACCUAGAGACAGAACUGUGGCUGAUCACAGCUUUCCAUGACAAGGGCUCUCUAACGGAUUACCUGAAGGGGAAUAUUAUCAGCUGGAAUGAGCUCUGCCAUGUUGCAGAAACGAUGGCCCGUGGAUUGUCCUACCUACACGAAGAUGUCCCUUGGUGCAAGGGUGAAGGACACAAACCUGCUAUUGCACACAGGGACUUCAAGAGUAAAAAUGUCUUGCUGAAGAAUGAUUUGACGGCAGUUCUAGCUGAUUUUGGCCUUGCUGUACGGUUCGAACCUGGAAAACCUCCAGGGGACACUCACGGACAGGUGGGAACAAGGAGGUAUAUGGCUCCAGAAGUGUUAGAGGGAGCAAUCAACUUCCAACGAGACGCCUUCCUAAGAAUAGACAUGUAUGCAAUGGGACUGGUGUUGUGGGAAUUAGUCUCCAGAUGUAGAGCAGUUGACGGUCCAGUGGAUGAAUAUAUGCUGCCUUUUGAAGAAGAAAUAGGUCAGCACCCAUCCCUGGAGGACCUGCAGGAAGUGGUGGUUCACAAGAAGAUGCGCCCCGUGUUCAAGGAUCAUUGGCUGAAACACCCUGGCUUGGCACAGCUCUGCAUUACCAUCGAAGAGUGCUGGGACCACGACGCGGAGGCUCGGCUCUCGGCGGGCUGCGUCGAGGAGCGCAUUUCGCAAAUCCGCAAAUCCGUAAACGGCACUACCUCGGACUGCCUCGUUUCCAUCGUGACGUCCGUCACCAACGUGGACUUGCCGCCCAAAGAGUCUAGUAUCUAAGUCCUGGUUCGCUUUUGUCUUUCCAGACUCAGUGGAUUAAAAAAAAAAAAAGAAAAGAAAAAAAGAAAAAGGUUAAACAGAAAAAACACAAAAAACAAAAAUCCAACAAACACAUGAAUGCAGCUGCUAUUUUAU